CUGCAAGGGUAUACGAAUCGGACAAGGGGCUCAAUAUGCAUUAAAAGCCUUCGAAUGGUAUUGGUAUUAUUAAAUCAUUCUACGUUAAUCUUUCGUUCCCUGUAUUUUUACCUGUUACUAGUAAACAAUGGUAUUGUAAACGUUAAGAGAUGCUAAUUGAACUCGCCUGCGUGUGCUAUAUUCACCGUUACUCCACAAUAACCGAUAGCAAGAAAUUCUUUUGAUUGGUAUGCUAUUUGCUUGGCAACGCCUGCAUUCAAAAGUAACGACGAUUGUUACACAUUGAAGGCGCUGCCAGACGUAUACGUUUUGUGGCUAAACGAUUGACAAUAAAGAGAUCACAGUAACGAACUAAAUCGCCUGAAUGUGUGCUACAACUACGUGAUUACUCGAUAGCGGAAUAGUAGGAAUAAAGUUGGACAUGCAAUAAGCAAAUGAUGCAACAGGUGCGUUUAAUGUUGGAAAAGGAGAAAGAUCAGUUCAAAUGGAAAAAUGCCAAAACAUUAAAUUUAACUAACAAUAAAAACAACAAUGAAAUUUGCUAAUCAGAGUGAGUGCAACAAUUUAAAAUAGACAAUGAAAUGAAGAAGAUUCCACUUAAUAAAGGCCCAACCUUGUACGGUCACACUGCGCUUAAAAGAAGCCAAGCGAGAAGCAUAAAAGCAAUUGAGAAUUGCGAUUGAAUUGAUUUAAAGAUCUCAGAAAAAACUUUCAACUGUUUGAAAACAUGACAGAAGACUGGCAGAGUCAGAAGUUCCGCCAGAAUGUCAUCUCCAAGAUCCACGACUUGUUGCCACCAAACGCACCACAGGAUCAAUCGAAAAAUGCCAGCGUAAUGGAGAACCACAUCUUCCGGAAGUCUCGCACCAAAGACGAAUACUUGGGCCUAGUGGCCAAGCUCUUCAUGCAUUACAAGGACAUGUCCCGAAAAUCCCAGCAACAGCAGCAACAACAACAACAGCAGCAGGGUGGCCCGCCCCAAAACGCCGAAAUGGGCGGCGGUCAAAAUAUGAUGCAGGAUCCAUUGAACGCCCUGCAAAACCUCGCCAGCCAAGGGAAUCGUAAUCCUCAAAUGAUGCCCAUGGGUGCCGGAGGAGCUCCAGUGGCCGGUGGCCCGGGAACAGCCUCAAAUCUGUUGCAAUCCCUAAAUCAACAGCGUCCCGGGCAACAGCAAAUGCAGCCCAUGCCCAAUAUCCGGGGACAAAUGCCCAUGGGCUCCGGCGGUGGUGGCGGAGCGCAGCAGAUGAUGCAGCAGCAGAUGCAGGGCGGAAAUGCCCCUGGAGUCAUGAAUGUGAUGGGCGCCGGUGGCGUGCAGAGUCAGGGUCAGAUCGUUGGUAAUCCGGGUCAGCAGAUGGGAGUGGGCAUGCCUAAUCAGAUGGUUGGACCGGGCCCGAAUAGUGGUCCCGCCGUUGGAGGAGCCGGUGGUGCAAAUGCUGCACCAGGUGCGCCUGGUCAAGGGCCAAAUCAAAUGCAGACCGGACCAAUGAAUGCCAUGCAACAGAUGCCGCCUAUGCAACAGAUUCAGCAGAAUCAAAUGGGGCUCCUCCCCCUAAAGAUGGGCAUGAAUCCGAUGAUGAGGAUGGGUCAAGGCAAUGGAAUGGGCGGACCCCAAGGAAUGCCAGGACAGGGUAUGCAAGGAAUGCCCCAGAACAUGCAGCAGGGCCCGCACAAUGUGGUCGGCGGUCCAGCGGUUCAACAGCAGGUGGGCGGAGCUGGGCUGCCGCCCAAUGCGGUACAGCAGGGGGGAAUGAAUCCCAUGGGUGGUAUGGGGGUGAACAUGCCGGCAAAUCUACAGCAAAAGCCUAACAUGCCGAUGGGCCAGACAGGUCAGAUGUUUCCCGGCAAUCGAGGAGGCGUAGGAGUCGGCGGACAGCAGCCUGGACAGGCCUUCAUGCGAUCCAGUCCCUCGCCAGCGGAUGCCCAGCAAUUGCAGCAGCAGCAGCAGGCUCAGCUCCAGCAGAUGCAACAACAACAGCAGCAACAGCUGGUGGUAGGUAAUCAAACGCCCACGCAGCAACCACCGACUCCCCAGAUGCCCACGCCAAAUAUGAUUCCGAGUCCGGCACUGGUGCCCCAAUCUAGUCCGCAGAUGAUGCAGAUGCAGAACCCCCAGCGCAGCAUUCGACAGCAGUCGCCGAGUGCCUCCAUUAACACACCUGGUCAGGUCACUGGAAACAGUCCGUUUAACCCCCAAGAGGAGGCUUUGUACCGAGAGAAGUACAAACAGCUGACCAAGUACAUUGAGCCACUGAAACGAAUGCUGGCCAAGAUUAGCAACGAUGGAACAAAUGUGGAGAAAAUGACCAAGAUGAGUAAGUUGCUGGAGAUCCUGUGCAAUCCUACACAGCGUGUGCCUCUUGACACUCUCAUGAAAUGCGAAAAAGCUCUAGAGAAGAUGGAUCUAAUCUCCUAUUCUGGCCAGCAGUUUGGCAAAUCUUCGAAUCCACUGCUGGAGGUUAUAAAUACCACACUGCAAAGUCCUGUAGCUAAUCACACACUGCAUCGCACCUUCCGACCCACUUUAGAACUGCUAUUUGGUACUGAUAUAGCAGCACCAGUGCCCUCGAAACGACCGCGAGUGAACGAGAAAUCUUCGCCCUUCGAGCAGGAUGUUCCUCAUGUGCUUCAAGGCGAAAUUGCUCGGCUAGAUAGCAAGUUUAAGGUGAAACUCGACACCACAUCCCAAAUAAAUAAUAAGGCGAUACGAUUGAUUUGCUGCCUGGAUGACAAACGAUUGCCUAGUGUUCCACCAGUGAGCGUAAGUGUGCCGGAGGAGUAUCCCUGGCAGGCUCCGGACUGUUCCUUAACGGAACAGGAGUAUUCGGCCACCCCGUUUCUGCAGGCGGUGCAACAAGCACUAAUUGCUCGCAUGUCUAAGCUUCCCAAAAAUUAUUCGCUUUCACACCUGCUGGACACCUGGGAAAUGGCCGUGCGUCAGGCGUGCUCUCCCCAAUCAAAACCUAGAUCACUCUGCGAGCUAACCACAUUAUUAGGAGUUUAGCUUAACUACCAGUCCUUACUUCUCCGCAACUAUAAAUAUAGAGUACGGGUUUGAAAGACAAUAACCCAGCUCUUCCUGCAAAUAUGGAUUGAGGAUCUAAAUGCAACAUACUUUUAACGGAAACAGUUAUACAGCUAAAAUAAAAAAAAUAAUAUUUUAACCAA